AUGCUUACGGAGAGCUUCAUUGCAGCGACAUUCACUGCAAAUAAAGCUGUCGCUCAUGCCAGCGCCACUCUCAAAGAUGUCGGGAUUUUCCUCCACGAGUUUCAACCGCAGAGUGCCUUCCGUCAUGGCUACAAGAAAAGUUCCAGUCAGCGUGGUUGCGUUGCCAUCAGCGACUCGCACAUCUUUGCGGCGCAAGCGGAUAAAGCAGUGAUCAAUGUCUAUAGCAGGGAGCGUGGAAAUCAAGAAGCCACUGUGCCAUUUCCUGAACGACUUCACAGUCUUGCUUUUGCCCAGGGAGCCGCUAUCCUCGCCGUGGGAACUGAAGGAGGAAAGCUGAUCCUCUGGGAGGUCGCCACUGGCAGGGUGACCAACUCUGCCGCUUCCCAUCUGCAAGCAGUCUCAUGUCUCUGCCUCCCUCCCAACAACGAAUAUAUCAUUUCGGGUUCCGCUGACUCAAGUAUUCAUGUCUGGUCUUUGUCAAAGCUUGUGUCCUUCCCGCAACUGACAGACAACUAUGGAAGCGAAGAGCCGCCCAAUACGCCCAUCCGGACCUUUUCCGGGCACAGAGCGCCAAUCACUGCGAUCACCUGCGGCCAUUCGAACAUCAACACAAAUUUCGCCAUAUCAGCAUCGACUGACGGCACCUGCUACGUCUGGCACAUUGAAAAUUGCCAACCCCUUCGAACCCUAUUGCUCCCAUCUAUGGCCGUGUCCAUUACCAUUGAUCCGGCAGAUCGAGUCAUUUAUUUUGGAUGUGAUAACGGUCGAAUUCAAUCCUGGGACAUUUUCGGCCGCUCGAAGGGGAGCCGAACUUCGCUAUCCACCUCUUCAGCCGUGACACCCAUUCAGCUUCCAGCUCAAGACAGCUGGAUUGGCCCCGCUGCAGAAACUGGCGCAGCAACCUGUUUAACAUUGUCUCACGACGGAACUUCUCUCCUUUCCGGACACAGCAAUGGAGCUAUCAUCCGCUGGGACGUUGCCAAACACCGGAUUCUAAAUGAAAUCACAAAUCUCGGCCAACCUGUCACCAACAUCGAGAUGCUUAGACCCAAGGGUCUCCCGGAUCGCAAGAAUUACACCUACACCAUCACGAAUAUCGUCAAACCAGAUCUUGAGUUCGCUUCAUUGACAGACAACGGUGCUUGCGGUGUUCCCGCAAAAUAUAGUCUCCGCGCAAUGAUCACCGUGCCGUGGGCUCCAUCGAAUAGGGAUGAAUUCGGUCAGGCUCUCGCUGGGCCCGGGUUUCCGCAAAGUAUGCUAGACGGCGCUGUACGUGCCCUUACAUUGGGGAAUGGCGUGAGCGGACCCUCUUCUGCGGAUGACACUGAAAAAUGGAACAAUGAAAAACUAGUGGAUGAAAUCUCCAAGUUAAAACGGCAGAUUGCAGUAUUGCAUAGAGUCGAGGAGAAGCGAAUGAAUAGAAAGCUGGCAAGAAUGAAAAAGAGAGAAGAAAUAGGCCUGAAGAAAAGAGAAGCGUAUUUCGAGGCGAAAAAGAAGGGUAAAGAUGGUGAUACAGCCAUGAAGAAAUGGGAAGAGCAAGAGGCCAUGCUCGACGUGGAAAGUGACGAUGAAAAUCCUGAUGGAAUGGAGACCGGCUGA